AGAGAGCUGCUGUUAUAGUGUUAUAGGCAGCACAUGCGCUGUGCUGUGCAGGCCAACGAUCCAGAUUCCAGUAGGCCCGCCGCGUACAUAGAGCUAGGCGGCUAGCAGAUCGAUCGACCGGUGAACCGGAGAUGCAGCCAGGCCACUCCACCGCGCUGCUGCUCGCGGCCGUCUUCGUCUUCCUGGCGUCGGCCGCGAGCUGCCGCGGGCAGUUGGCGAACGACUACUACGCCGGCAAGUGCGGCAACGCCAGCGUGGAGACCAUCAUCCAUGACGCCGUCAAGGCCCGCCUCGCCUGGGACAAGAGGAUGGUCGCCGGCCUCCUCCACUUGCUCUUCCACGACUGCUUCGUCACCGGGUGCGACGCGUCGCUCUUGCUGGACGGGACCAACACGGAGAAGACGGCGGUGGAGAACAGCGGCAUCUUCGGCUACGACCACAUCGACGACAUCAAGACGUUACUCGAGAAUGUGUGCCCCGGCGUCGUCUCCUGCGCCGACAUCAUCGUCGCCGCAACCAGGGACUCCGUUGCCAUGUCCGGAGGGCCAAACUACCAAGUGCAGCUGGGAAGAAGGGACGGCAUGGUGUCGCAGGCGUCGAUGGCGAGCGCGCUGCCGGGCCCCAACGUCGACAUCCCCACGGCCAUCGACAUGUUCUCCAAAAAGGGCCUCAACAGCUUCGACAUGGCCAUCCUCAUGGGCGCACACACGGUAGGGGUGACGCACUGCUCGGUGAUCCAUGACCGUCUGUACAACUUCAACGGGACGGGCAAGCCGGACCCGGGCAUGGACCCGACGUACGUGUGGAUCCUGGUCACGUUCGCGUGCCCCAACGGCCAGGCCUUCGACAACAUCGUCUACCUCGACGACCCCUCCAGCAUCCUCGUCGUCGACAAGAGCUACUACUCCCAGAUCAUGAAACGCCACGGCGUGCUGGCCGUCGACCAGGCGCUCGGCGACCACAGCUCCACCGCGUGGAUGGUCGAUUUCCUCGCCAACACCGACUUCUUCCCCUCCAUGUUCAGCUACGCGCUCAACAAGCUCGCCGCGCUCGAGGUCCUGACAGGCACCGCCGGCGAGAUCAGGACCAACUGCCGGAGGACCAAUUGAUCAUCCACGGAUCCAAGUCAUCCAACCAUAUACAGAACUAGUUAUUACUAGCUAGCUUAUAGCUAGAUGGGCAGCUGAUUUACAAAGAAAGAAAGAAGAGAAGAGAAGAGAAUAAUACAACGUGGCGACAGUUGAACCAACGAUUGAGAGCAUGCAUGCACAUCAGCACAUCCAUUCUUUUGCCUCUCUUGUCAAUGAUUUCAUGGUUUUACCAUAGUUGAUUUGAGUAAAGAUUUAUUUUUUUUACUGGAGUAGCACGAGCAAUAUUAGUUUUUUUUUUCGUGUGUACUUCUGAUUCUUUUUGUACGUGGCUGGUACAAAAAUAAACCUUCCAUGAUGUAACAAUACAUGCACUUGUUUUCCCAAAGAGCAUAUACUUGGAUUUUCAAAGGAGAGG